UUUGCCUGGCGAGGUCGGCCGCGCGAUUGGACUUCCUGGAGGACCACGUGAUCUAGACGGAUGAUGGCGGGCGCGGCAGAAGAUAUGCGAGCGCUCUUCGGGGCUGGCGUCCGCGCAGCGCUGGAAGCUUGGCCUGCUUUACAGAUCGCUGUGGAGAAUGGCUUUGGGGGCGUGCACAGCCAGAAGAAGGCCGAGUGGCUGGGGGGUGCAGUGGAAGAUUACUUCAUCGCCAAUGCUGAUUUGGAGCUGGAAGAGGUGGAAGAUUUCCUUGGGGAGCUGAUGACCACUGAGUUUGAUACAGUUGUGGAAGAUGGGAGUCUGCCCCAGGUGAGCCAGCAGCUACAGACCAUGUACCACCACUUCCAGAAGGGUGAUGGGGCUGCUCUGCAGGAGAUGACCUCUGAAAUUAACCAAAAAAAGUGCAAAGUCACAGCUACCCCAUUCAAGACAGCCAAAGAAACGGAUGUGGAUGAAGAUGAGGUGGACAGUGUGGAAGAAAUGGAGGUGAAAGAGGUGACAGCGACAAAUGAUGAGGCCACAACGGAUGGGGUCUGCCCCCAGCCUCAACCCACUGAUCCAGACUCCCAGACUAUUAAGGAAGAGGAUAUAGUAGAAGACGGUUGGACCAUUGUCCGGAGAAAGAAAUGAGCAGGGCAGUAAAUGUUUUGGGCUAUUGUUAGGUGUUAUGAGAGACUUAGGGGCUGUUUGGGGGGCCCUGUACACCUCUGUCCUGGUAACCAUAUCCCUACCUUGUUCCCCUGUCAUUCCCUUCAGGGGAAGAAAAGCCCUAGAAUCUUUGGUUGUGGGGUUGAUGGGACCUAUUGAAUCUUAAGGUACCAUAUGAGAAGUGAGACCAUGUUUGCCAGCAUAGUGCCUCCUAGGUGCAACGAAUGUUAAGAUGGCUGAUGAGUGUGAAUGUACUUAUACUAGAAGCUGACUUGUGAUAAGUGGGCAGGUGAGAGGCUGGCUGAAUUGGGAAUAGUGAGAUAAACAUGCAUUUGGAAGACAGAGUAGAUGGAGGUGUGGUACCUCCCAAUGUCCCACCCCAGCCUCCCACAGAGCAACUCUUACCCUGCCCAGAAUAUGCAUCUUCCCCACCCCCACCUUGAAAACUCUCAAGAGUUUGAAGGAUUUAAGUGGUGAACUUGGGAAAGUUGGGCUGUUUUAAGUCCAGGGAUGAGGCUUAAGACCUUAAUAACAUAACACCUUCUCGUUUAAUCCAUGAUUUAACCUUGGAAUCAGCCUUCUGAGAGCUGAGCUUCAGAGUUCAGCAAGAGAGGAGUUUUCACACCCUCCCAUCUCCCUUAGUAGCCUGGGACUUUGGACAAACGGACGGACCAUCGCAGUGCUCUGAAAGUUACUGUAAGCCUGAAAUAAACUGUAUUUUUCUUUAAAAAA